AUGGUCUUGCUGGGCUUGGACGCAGUCCGCAUUGCGCACCGCGCACUUGCGACGCCUAGGUCGGCAUCGUGUCUUGGCACGGCACGCUGUGUUUCGCGGUCCGAUUGCCGACGUGUUUGCUUUCGGUUGCCAGCAGCUUAUGCUGGCAGUUUCAAGCGUACGGAUGUAGCUUUCUUCCCCGGUGGCAAGAAUCCAGAACAUCGUGUCAGCAGCAUGCACAGUCUUAAACAGGCGGACUUUGUGGUUCAACACAGGUUCUUUCUGCAACAAGGCCUUGCGAUGUUCUUGCAAAUGCUGAUAACAGCGCGUCAUAGGGCUUGCGGCAUGGCUCUUAGCUCUCUUUAA